UUAGCAUGUCGGAGAGGAAGCAAGUCGGUUAGCAAUGGGCGACGCCUACGCGCUGGUGUUUCAUGUUUACAGACUGUUUUAUAGAAAUACAGUAUUCUAUAUACUCUAGGGAAGCAGAUGUUGUCAAGUAUUUCAGUGGUGCUCAUGUUUUUGUCGGGAUUUCGUCUGGGUUUAGCGGAGGUGAUGGUGAGGACAGCCCAGGAUGACUAGCUAAUGGAGAUGAACUGUUAACGUUACCCAUUAUAGAGAAUGCGUAUUACACCAUUAGCUAACACCAUCAAAUUUGCUGUUUUCAGUGUAUUCAAACGGAAAAUAUAUUUUACUGUGAUUUUGGUGUAGACCUAUGUUAUGUGCAGGAUUUCGCCGGUGUCUGCGGGUUGAAGCAUCAGGAUGCUUCAUUUAUCAUUUGAAUGAAAACGUUGGAUAGUGUUUCGUUUGUCAUAAUGAAAUAACUACUUUGUCACGCCAGUGCACAACAUUGUCCAACAAUUUAAGAAAGCGACAUGUUAACAGCGUUGUUGUAUUUAAACACCUCAAAUUGCUUUAAUUGUUAAUUCCAGUGUUUACAAUAUUGCAAGUGUACAGUAUCGCGAACACUCCCCUCAUAUAGUUCAGAUGGAGGCAGAGGAGGAAAGUGUUGGCGGACAGGUUGACAGCGCUGGGGCGCGGGAGGAGUGGACCCUCCUCAUCUGGACCUCAUUGGCCGUUCUGGUACCAGUGGCCAUCACGCUGUGGUGCAGCAUUCAGCGCUCCAAACGGAAGGUGUACAUGAAGGACUUCUCUCGCAAAAGCAAACAUGGAUGGCAUUGCACGGAUCUCUUCAACAAGCCCACCUAUUGCGGUCUCUGCUCUCAGCACAUCCUCCAGGGAGCCUUCUGUGACGCCUGCGGGCUCUGCGCGGACGAGCAGUGCCUACGACGUGCCGACCGCACCAUGCCAUGCAAAGAGAUUAUGGCCCUGGCUCAGUCGGACGGAACUGUAAACCAUCGUUGGGUGCGUGGAAACGUCCCCCUUUGCAGCCACUGUGCGGUCUGCAAACAGCAGUGCGGCACCCAGCCAAAGCUGUGCGACUACAGGUGUGUAUGGUGCCAGACCAUUGUGCAUGAUGACUGCAAGCCAAGUCUGGAGGACGGAGACCGCUGUGACCUCGGGGAGUUCCGCUGUCUCAUCAUCCCCCCUCACUACCUCUACCACGUCAACAAGCUGCGGCGCAGAGUCCCGGAGGAGUACAGCAAGCUGGCUGUGGCCUGUGGCAGUGGCUGGACUCCAGUACUGGUGUUGGCCAACACUCGCAGUGGCAACAACAUGGGCGAGGCCCUGCUGGGAGAGUUCCGCACCCUGUUGAACCCUGUCCAGGUGUUUGACCUGUCCGAGCUGCCUCCCUCCAAAGCCCUGCAGCUGUGCACGCUGCUCCCCCCGGGCAGCGCGCGGGUGCUGGUGUGCGGGGGGGACGGGACGGUGGGCUGGGUGCUGGACGCCAUCGACACCAUGAAGCUCAAGGGUCAGGACCAGUUCAUCCCGAGGGUGACGGUCCUUCCCCUGGGCACAGGAAAUGACCUGUCUAACUCCCUGGGCUGGGGGGCUGGGUAUGCGGGCGAGAUCCCUGUGGAGCAGGUGCUGAGGAACAUUCUGGAAGCUGAGGUGGUGAAGAUGGACAGAUGGAAAGUUCAAGUUGCCUCUAAAGGCCACUUCCUUAGGAAACCAAAGGUGCUGUCCAUGAAUAACUAUUUCUCGGUGGGCCCGGAUGCCCUGAUGGCGCUGAACUUCCACACCCACCGGGAGAAAACGCCCUCCUUCUUCUCCAGCCGCAUCAUCAACAAGGCUGUAUAUUUCCUUUAUGGCACCAAAGAUUGCUUAGUGCAAGAAUGCAAAGACCUGGAUAAGAGGAUUGAGCUGGAGCUGGACGGCGAGAAGGUGGCACUGCCCAGCCUAGAGGGCAUCAUCGUGUGCAACAUCGGCUACUGGGGUGGCGGCUGCAGGCUGUGGGAAGGGAUGGGGGACGAGCCCUGCCCCCCCACACGUCUGGACGAUGGUUUGCUGGAGGUAGUUGGAGUCUACGGCUCUUUCCACUGUGCACAGAUCCAGGUCAAGCUGGCUAACCCAGUGCGGCUGGGCCAGGCCCACACAGUUCGGCUGGUGCUGAAGAGCUCGCGGAUGCCCAUGCAGGUGGACGGUGAGCCGUGGGCGCAGGGCCCGUGCACCAUCACCAUCACGCACAAGACGCAGGCGCUCAUGCUCUACCACAGCGCCGAGCAGACGGACGACGACGACUCCAGCGCCUCGGACGGCGAGGGAGGGCCGCCAGCAUCCGACACCGCCGACCGCACGUCUGGAGACAAGACGUCCGGAGACGAGGUCUUCGUGUGAGACCCUCUGAUGUCCUCCAUCUCUCCCGUCACACCUCCACCUGCCCCUCGGCGGCUCCCGGCCUCGCUUGCAGCCCACCCCCCCCCAGACAAGGCCACAGGCUGCAUGUAGAUGUGCAGCAUAUAUGUAGUUCAUCUUUGUCCUCUUUGUUACAUGCAGCUGAGGUGGCUUAUGAAGACGAAAACUACAAAUCCCAGUGCCAUUAAAUAGGAGGUCCUGCUCUGGACCAACUCUACUGAUCCCUCAUCCAGCCUGUGCUCUGGAGUUCCUCACAGCCAUGAAUAAAGAGUGUUGUGCUGUCCCUGGUGGACGAGGAAUAGGAGAGCGAGAGAAUUGUAAGGCGGAAGAAGUCGCUAACUGAAUGUUUGCACCACUGCUAUGUGUCAUAGGCGCAUAGUCUGCCUCAGAAAGUGCUAUGUAAGAAACAUUAGCUUGUGUUUUUAUUUUUAAAUAGUCUUACAGCGUCAUAUCCUUUAUUUGUGCUGGUUUCCCUGCUGACCAUGUUCCUUCAAAUAUCUUUUAGUUUACACUCAUGUUCCUCAGAAUAUCUAUUUGUUUGCUGUCAAGAGCUGCACUGGAUGUCAUAUAUUUACACACUGUUUUUCUUUCUACUUCAUUUGUGUGCAUUGAGGCAAUAGGUUUGUCAGACAUUCCUAACACAGGAUCCCCUCAUUAGAGCUGUGAUGCUAAACAUGUAGAGCACAUGUCCCAGUAGGCUUUAGCCAGUCAUGGCUUAGACACUUGCACACGUGUCAACCCAUCGUGUUGUUUACUCAGUUUUAGAAGAUUAGAUGUGUUCUAUCUCGUUUACACUUCCUCAGAAGUAGAGAAUGCACUGAACUGCACUUACUCUAUGGAUCUGCAGAUAAUAGUUUACCCUCACCCUCCACUUCUCUGGCUGAAUAGAUAUGGUAUUGUUACAGAAAAGUAAUGUUAUAUCAAUCAUUUUAAUUAUUGCUGUUUUGUGUUGCAUUGUUUUGAAUAUCAGCCAUUUAUUUCAUUUAUGGACCACAAGGUGGUAGUCUUGGGUUAUUUUUCAAUCUGAUCUGGUACAGGGUUCAGAAAGAUCUUGGGGGCCUAGCGAAUGACUUGCAGCUUUUUAAAUUAGUUCUGCAUUUUGUAGGCAUCAUCCAAGUUUGUACACUGAAAGGACCAUAAUUUCUGACAGAGCUCUGUUCAAGCAUGUGGUAUGUCUUAAGAAACGUGUCAUGACUAACAUUGUCAUUGUGUCGUUUUUAGAGUUUCUGAGUUUAAUGGCAAGCAGUUUGUCUUAAACUAUCAGUUAAAUAACAGGCUUGGCAUGAGCUUUGACCAAAUCUACUGACGGGGCGAGGUGCAAUCAUAUCACAUUUGAUUCUAAAUCACACACAUUAACACAUUUGUUUGUCGUAAUGUUGUAUUUACUUGUGUGUUACUCAUGAAUUGAACUUGGGUAGCAGUCGGCAGUAUGUCUUAAAGACCUUGCGAAAUGUUCACAUUCUCUUACAAACGAACUGACGAUGCCAUUGUCCUGCUACGUUCUGUGAAGUGUUUGUUGAAGCCAUAUGCAUGUGCCGCUCUGCUGUGUUGAAUUGUACAAUGUUGUCUCGCUGCUUGUGCCAGCCCUCUGUUUACGACUACACUGAAUGUGGCAGGAACAGGCCACGUGCUUGUGAUGUACAACUUCACACACACGCACGGGCACCCAUACAUAUAUAUAUAUAUAUAUAUAUAUAUAUAUAUAUAUAUAUAUAUAUAUAUAUAUAUAUGUAUAUAUAUCUAUGCGGGCACCGCUAUUUGAGAAAAGUGAAUUUGAAUGUGGCCAAAACAUUUAAUUGUAAGUGCUGGUCUUUUAACCAGAUUAAUGUCAGUUCACCGAAAUGUAAUGUUUACCGUUUGAUCAAUGUUUUGUCAGGUCUGUGUUGUCUGGGGUCAAUAUUCACAUGGUCCUGAACAUUAAGAUAUAACAAGAACAGCAGUCAGGUUUCAAUUAAACCUUUUGUAGUAUACACAAGCAAGAAGUGUUUAUUAAUACAUUACUUUGGGUGAAGCAAUCUGAUAGUUACAAGAUUAAACAGCAUGGACAUACUUUAGCUAGAUACUUUCUCAAUUCUAGGCCUUGUGCAAUAUGGCUUCUAAGCUCAAUCAGAAUCAACUUAAGUAGAGUCGUCCCUCAUAUCAAACAGACCCAGUGGUCAGUGGUAAAAGUACUAUUCCAAACAAAGACAGGUGUAUUUAACAAAGUAUGGACUUGACAUGUAUGAUGGUUUCAACAGUGUAAAUGAUAUAUUUGGUAAGUUUAAGAUGAAUGUAAGAAUUGAUGUACGUUUUGGAAAGUGAAUAAAUAUUUUCAUAUAUA